GAUAGUUUUGGAGUGAUAAAUGUUGUUAAAAGCUACGUAGUGUUAUCAAGAUGUUUCAAAGCAAUUUGUCUGCAUACGACAAGGAUAGUUUGGAGAGCGCCGCAACAGACCAUUUUGAACAAUACAUCCCUCUGAUAGUAUGGAUAAUAAUUCAAAGUGUAACUGGCAUUGUUGAAAAUAUCUUGACUAUAACAUAUUACGCAUCAAGACCGAAAAAGCGAUCAACAACAGUUUUCAUAACUGCAAUAGGAAUAUUUGAUUUGUUGGCGUGUAUGUUGAUUAACACAACAGUCGGGGCGUUGUUUGUGGACAUCGAUCAAUCAAAACGGUUCCUCUGUAAAGGGGCCUACUAUAUUAACCACAUGAUUGUGCUUUCAUCCGCCAUGAUAUUGUGGUCCAUUUCAUUAGACAGGUAUAGAAAGAUAUGCCGACCACAGGGAUGGCAAUUCAGUACCAAGUCGGCAAAGUUGUUCGUUACCUGUGCUGUUAUCGUUUCGAGUUUUAUGUCCGCACGGGUGUUUAUCAUCAGUGACAUUGUAAGGGUGAAUAUAUCGUGGAGUUACGGCAAUAUGUCGUACAUCAUAGGAAACUAUUGUACUAUUUCAGUUGAGGAAAACCAACAACAUGUCGUUUUGAUAUCACACUUGAUCGAUGGCGUAACGUUUAUUGUUAUACUGGCAACGUUCUUAUUUAUGUAUGGAAGGAUACUUAAAGUAUUGCGGCACCAUAGAAGUCAAACAAAGAAUAUUCGAACAGCAAGGCGAAAUCCAGGCCCAAAUGUGUAUUUAAAAGCCGACAACGUCGAACCCAACGUGACUGUUCUCGACCUUGAUACAAUAUCAUUCGAGGGAAACAUAACACAAAAUAUCAGGUCAAAUGUUCUGAAAACGUCCCAAAACAUUAUGGAUAGAAGCAUUGAAAUAUCCUCAAACUCGAGUUCGCCCCGCCUUCAACGAUUGAGGCCAUACAAAUCUGAGGACAACCUGUUAAGCAAACAUUCUAACAAAGAUCUAGGAGAUUUUGAACCGGGAACCCUCUACAGAAAAGCAAUAUCUGAGCAACGAUUUGAUAGGAAAAUUGUUAUGAUGCUUUUAGCCGUUACGGGUUGUUUUGUCGUAUGUUUAACGCCAUAUUUUGCCGCCACUUUUACUUUGCGUAGUGAAUCACGGGACUAUGACCUUGAACUCUCUCCUGUAAUACAAGUUGCCCUGCGCAUGCCCUUCUUGAAUAGCGUUAUUAAUCCUAUCAUAUUUUAUGCAUGUGAUACAAAGUUUAGGUAUUUUGCAAAGUAUUGUUGUAAAAAGUAAAACAAGUUUUGAUAACAACUGUAUGAAUCCGUUAAUUAUGCUCUAUUUAGUAACUUCGGGAAAUGAGAGAUCUUUUGGAAACACAAAAUGCAUGUAUGAACAAAAUUUAUCUAAGAAAACAAUCGGCAUAGAUGUUAUGA